AGAAUCAGGCAGGAGCUGUAUCGAGGUUCAACUUUGAUUUUGAAAGGGGAAAAAAAGUGCUUUUUAGUUAAUAUUUAAUGAAAUUCUAUCUUACAGCGUUACAACAUUCUCAAAUGAUCUUGCACUGAUUGAUGUGCAGGUGUGAACAUGGAGCUCUGUGGUGCACACUCCUCCAGUAACACACACACACAUGUGCAGGAAUGGCGUCAUGGUCCAUCAUGUGCAGGACAUUUACCCCCAAAACGCAAAAGACCUGACUUUCCAAACAUGACUGGAGAGAGAAGUGACUGUGCAGCUGCUUUUCCUGUUAAAGAAACAGCCAAAAAUCACAGCCAUUUUGUGCAGCUUGACGGCCACAGAGGUGUGUAUUACUCCGAGAGUUGGGAGGCGAACGGAAGCACUCUGUACCUUCCUGUACGUGGCAUCGUACUCGCCAACAUGCACAAAUACGAACAGAUCAGCUUCGAGCACGGCUGCUUCUGCAUCGGCGAUGAAACCGGAGGUUUCCGGCAAAGAGUGCAAGGUCAGGCUCUUCACUGCUGGAGAUACAGUAAAGAGGAUAAGAAGCUCUUCAUCGCCCUGUCCUACUUCUUCACAAACGGUGAUGUAUUCCAGGACGUCCUGAGCUCUCUUGAGUGUUUGUAAAGAGGACACACACACACACACACACGUCUCCAAAUUGACAUUUCAUUUUUAGCAGCUCCAAAUAUCGGACAGAAUCACAUUUGUUGUUUUUCUGGUUCUGAUCUUGUAGUUUUUUUAUAAGUACGUGCCAGUAUUUUAGAGAAGUCAGUGUUGUUUAUGUGGAUUAUAGAAUAAAGUGCAUUUUCCUGGAGAUUGAAUUGAAUCAUCUCACGUUAUUCAUGCCCACAUGUUCCUGGAGUCGGACCACAAACACACCAAAAGACUAGAAGUACGCAGAGGGGGCCAAAACUUUUGCAGUUCCACUUUCUUCCCCUUGUACUUAUAUUAAUCAUAUAUUCAUGUUUAUUAUCUGCAACAUGAACCUUGUUUUUUUUUUACUGUAUUAUUGUUUAUAUCUGACC